AUGAACAUGUCACUAUUGUUUGAUAGUAGCGGUAAUGGGUCAAGGCGUUACGCUACAAUCAAGGACGAACCAUCAUUAGAAGUCUUGUAUUUUCUUUCUGGAAGUUUGUAUGUGGAUACAGAGGAUAUUACUCACUCUGAGAGGGCAAGGAACCCGACAAGCAACACGCAUGGUAGUGGUUCACGCCAAAUGGGGACGGGUGCUUCUCGGUCCAAUGUGGAAACAAGGACUGGUCGAGAUAGGUCGUUAUUUGAAAAUCCGACUAAUGAGGAUUGUAUGGAAGACCAGAGUGAUCCGGGCUACAAGGACCCGGUUAAUGAGGAUUAUAUGUAUUACAGUGAUCUGAAUGAUUCGGACUAUACAUCAGGAAGUGGUGAAAGCGAGGAAGGGUGUGAAGUGUCUUCAGAAAGUGAUGAUAGCGGUUAUGAAUCCGAGAACUUUGAAAAAAAUGAGUUAAAGCUGGAAAAGGAAAAGAAUUACUGGCUGCUGAAAACGGAGCCAGGGGAAUGGUCAUGGGAGGAUCAGGCGGCCAACGGCGGCGUAUCCAAAUGGGACGGCGUCAUGAACAAACAAGCCCAGAAGAACAUGAAAUCCAUGCGGGUCGGAGACUAUUGUUUUUUCUAUCACUCCGGCGCCAAAGCUCGCCGCGUGGUCAGCGUGGUCGCCGUGAUCCGCGAGUGGUACGGCGAAGAUACCGACGAGGGCCCGGCGGUGAAUGUGAAAGAGGUCGGGGAAAUGAGGAGGUACGUGGACUUGGCGGAGAUGAAGAAAGAAGCUGGGCUUGAGGGUUUUGGUCUUCUGAAGCAGCCUCGGCUGUCGGUGGUGCCGGUGGAGACCGGCUUGUGGGAAAGGGUGUUUGAGAUGGGCGGUGGGUUUGAGGGUGACGGCGGCGGCGCUGGUCAGGAUGAUGCUUGUUGA